UAUCUCGGUGCGCAUCGUCAGCAUCAGUUUGAAGUCAAAUCUGACAGCCGCUGCCUUGCCUGGUCCUUUUUCCGUCUCGUUCAAUGGUGGUCAUCCCGGCGCGUUUAAGAGUUCAGUCGGGACUGUGGGAGCGCGUCUGAUCGCUGCCUUCAACUUGGGGUGAAGAAAGACAGGGAAACUCCUCGGGAUUCUCCGUACACCGAGCUCUGAUCCGUACAUUCUGUUUGACGUGUUGAAGUGCUUCUUAAGGAGAAUUCUGGGGAGAUUUCUUACUCUUUCAAUCCCCAAGUAUGGAGCAGCACAGUGGACCUGUGCACUAAAACAGCUCCCACUUUCAAACUUCAUGUUCCAGGAUGAACCAUGAGCAAAGGUUGUGAGGGCCUGUUUCUAUCGUCUUGUUGUUCAGUGAGACAGUGAGCUCACGGUGGAAACAGCAUGCAUGUGACGACAUAUCCCAUGAUGCACUCGGCCAGUCCAGGCCUGCUCCUCCUCAGCUUCCUCUUCCUCGCUGAUGCCGACUCACCCCCCAAGUUUACACGAACCCCAGAAGAUCAAACAGGAGUCCAGGGGGGAGUGUCCUCCUUUGUGUGCCAGGCCGCAGGGGAUCCACAGCCCAAGAUUGUCUGGAACAAGAAAGGCAAAAAAGUCAGCAACCAGAGAUUUGAGGUGAUCAGUUUUGACGACGGGUCCGGCUCGGUCCUAAGGAUCCAGCCGCUAAGGACCCCGAGAGAUGAGGAUUACGAAUGUCACGCCUCUAACUCUGCAGGAGAAAUCACUGCUUCAACCCGACUGAGUGUACUAAGAGAGGACCAGCUGCCCUCAGGGUUCCCCACCAUUGACAUGGGUCCCCAGCUGAAAGUGGUUGAGCGUUCUCGAACCGCCACUAUGCUCUGUGCUGCUAGCGGUAACCCUGACCCAGAAAUUACCUGGUUCAAAGAUUUCCUGCCAGUCAACACGUCCAAUAACAACGGACGAAUCAAGCAGCUCCGCUCAGAGUCCUUUGGUGGCACGCCCAUACGAGGUGCCCUCCAGAUAGAGAUGAGUGAGGAGUCCGACCAGGGGAAGUACGAGUGUGUUGCCACCAACAGCGAUGGGACACGCUAUUCCACGCCAGCUAACCUCUAUGUCCGAGAGCUGCGAGAAGUGCGUCGUGUCCCCCCUCGCUUCUAUCCCCCAGCGGACAGCGAGAUCAUGCCAGGUGGGAACAUCAACAUCACCUGUGUGGCCGUGGGCUCCCCCAUGCCGUAUGUGAAGUGGAUGCUGGGGAGAAGAGAUCUGACGCCUGAGGAUGACACCAUCGGCCGCAACGUCCUGGAACUGACCGACGUGCGCCAGUCCAACAAUUACACAUGCGUCGCCAUGUCGACACUUGGCGUGAUUGAGGCGGUGGCACAGAUUAUUGUGAAAGCUCUGCCAAAGGCCCCUGGUAACCCUGUGGUGACGGAGAGAACUGCAACAAGCAUCACACUCACCUGGGAUUCUGGGAACCCUGAGCCUGUCUCCUACUACAUCAUACAGUACCGUGCCAAAGGCUCUGAGGACCCCUACAAAGAGAUUGAUGGCAUCGCCACAACGCGCUACAGCGUGGGCGGUCUCAGCCCCUACUCCCACUACGACUUUCGGGUGGCGGCUGUCAACACCAUCGGCCAGGGCCCCUCCAGCGAGGUGGUGGAGGCUCGCACAGCCGAGCAGGCCCCCUCCUCACCGCCCCGACAGGUCAGAGGUCGUAUGCUGAGCACCACAACAGCAAUCAUCCACUGGGAUGAACCAGAGGAGCCUAACGGACAGGUGGUGGGCUACAGAGUCUACUACACACUCGACAACACGCUGCUUGUCAACCAGUGGGAGAAGCAGAUGGUGCGCAGCGCCAACUUCAUCACCAUCCAGAGCUUAACUCCUAACAAGACUUAUUACAUCAGAGUGAUGGCCUUCACCUCUGUAGGAGACGGACCUCUGUCCCAGGACCUGCAGAUUAUAGCCAAGACUGGAGUUCCAUCCCAACCAUCAGAUUUUAAGGGUGAGGCCAAGUCUGAGACCAGUAUCCAGCUGUCGUGGGUGGCCCCACCCCAGGGUGGCCCCGACAACCAGAUCACAGGAUAUGAGCUGGUGUACCGACGAGCUGACGACACAGAGGAGAAGAAAGUAAGCUUUGAGCCUGUCACCUCCUACCUGUUGAAGAACCUGAAGCCUUUCUCCACCUACACCUUCCAGCUGGCUGCAAAGAGCAAGCAUGGAAUUGGGGCGUACACGAACGAAGUGUCCAUCGACACACCGCAGACGCUUCCUUCGGCACCUCCCCAGGACAUCACAUGCACCAGUCCCAGUUCUACCAGCAUCUUGGUAAGUUGGGCCCCGCCUCUCCUGGAGUUUCAGAACGGUGUCAUUACCGGAUACUCCAUCCAGUACUCCACUACCGAGGGCAACAAAAUGUCUAAAAGAGUUGAUGGAGUUCAUCCGGAAAGUUCUUCGUAUCUACUGGAAAACCUAGAGAAAUGGACUGAGUAUGGCAUUACUGUACGGGCUCAGACGGAAGCCGGGGAAGGACCAGAGAGUUUACAGCUGCUUAUCCGCACCGAGGAAGAUGUUCCAAGUGGUCCUCCGCGAGGGGUGGAGGCAGAGACUGUGAACGCCUCGGCCGUUAGGGUGAAAUGGCGAGCACCAGCGGCCGAACGGCAGCACGGUCAGGUCCGAGGAUACCAAGUCCACUAUGUGAGGAUGAACAACGGAGAACCUCAGGGUCAGCCGUUCAUCAAGGACAUCCUCAUAGAGGACUCUCAGUGGGAAUAUGAUGACUCAGCUGAAUAUGAGGUGAUUCUUGGAGACCUGAAGGCAGACACAGCCUACUCUGUAUCAGUGGGGGCUUACACUGCUAAGGGCGAUGGCGCUCGCAGCAAACCUGUUACUGUCUGUAGCGCCCUGCCAUUGCCUGAAAAACCCAAAUUGACGGUGAGUGCCACUGAUUCAGGUACUGCUUUGCUUCAGUGGUACCCGCCUCCCAACCAGCCCACCCCUCUCCUCGGGUACCGCCUCACCUUCGGCCGCAUCGAUGUCCUUCCCUUCACGGUGGUGGAGUUCCCGACCAAGGAGAACAGCUACACCGCCCAGGACAUCCACAAGGGAGCUAACUAUGUGUUCAGACUCUCCUCCCGUAACAAAAUGGGCUACGGAGAGGAGGCUCUAAAGGAGUUGACUACUCCGGAAGACGCCCCAAGUGGAUACCCAGAAAAUAUCAUCCUGGAGGAGGCUUUUGCCACCUCACUCCGACUGGCAUGGAAAUCAGUCCCACUCAUUGAGCAAAAUGGGAAAAUCAUGAAGUACUCGGUGCUGUUCAAGGAUAUAAACAGUCGAGGGAACGCCUCAGAAGUUGUGGUGCCCAAUCCAGGGUUGAGUGUUUUGUUCGAGGGUCUGAGUGCCGACACUGUGUAUGAUGUCAGGUUGUGCGCGUUCACAGCUGUUGGCCCUGGGCCGUACAGCCCCAGCGUUCAGUUUAGGACGCAGCGGCUAGACCAAGUUUUUGCCACCAACUUCAAAGUGAAGGCUGCCAUGAAGAACUCUGUUCUGCUGUCCUGGGAGAUCCGAGACAAGAACCCUUCCCAGCCAUUUACUAUCCUGUAUGGAAAGGGCGAGUCUGUGGAAGUGGAUGGGAAGCUGACCCAGAAGCUGAUCACUGGCUUGGAACCAGACACGCAAUACUCCUUUUUACUCACUAACCGGGCCAACAGUGCGGGGGGGCUGCAGCACCGCGUCACCGUCACCACCGCCCCAGACAUCCUGAAAACCAAACCUAUGGUGGUGGGAAAGACCAACGCUGACGGCAUGGUGACAGUGCAGCUGCCCACUGUGCAGACCACCUCCAAAGUCAGGGGUUACUAUGUGGUGGUGGUGCCGCUGAAGAAGCAGAGAGCAGGGAAGUUCCUGAAUCCCUGGGAGGAGCCCGACCAGAUGAACCUGGAUGAGCUCCUGAAAGAGAUCAACAGGACCAGUGUCAGUCGAGCCCUCCGCAUCCGCAGACAGGCUGGCCAAUCAGAACCUAGAGCUUAUGUCAGUGCUCAUUUUAAGACCCUCCCCCUGGAGUUCACACUAGGAGAUGGCCAAAACUACGGUGACUUCCGGAACCGGCCACUGCAGAACGGACAGGAAUAUGUUUUCUUUGUGCUUGCGCUGCUUGACCUCUCUGAGAACACUAUGUACUCCACCAGCCCCUAUUCGGAUCCUGUGACCUCAUCGGAUGUGGACCCUCAGCCAAUCGUUGACGAGGAAGAGGGUCUACUAUGGGUGGUUGGGCCUGUGUUGGCUGUCAUCUUCAUCGUCUGCAUCGUCAUCGCCAUUCUCCUCUUCAAGAGCAAACCUGACAGGAAAAGGGCCGAGGCUGAAGGCAGGAAAGCCAGUUUCCCCUGCAGCAAAGCCAUGUCGUCCCACAAUCCCACUGAUCCUGUAGAGCUACGCAGAAUCAACUUCCAGACUCCAGGCAUGGCAAGUCACCCGCCUGUCCCCAUCUCUGAGCUGGCAGAUCACACUGAGCGCCUCAAGGCAAACGACAAUCUCAAGUUCUCCCAAGAGUACGAGUCCAUCGACCCCGGUCAGCAGUUCACAUGGGAGAACUCCAACUUGGAGGUCAACAAACCAAAGAACCGCUAUGCUAACGUCAUUGCCUAUGAUCACUCCAGAGUCAUACUCUCCAGCAUUGAGGGUGUCCCCGGCAGUGACUACAUCAAUGCUAACUAUAUUGAUGGCUACCGCCGACAGAAUGCCUAUAUUGCCACCCAGGGGUCCCUACCUGAGACUUUUGGGGAUUUCUGGAGGUUGGUCUGGGAGCAGCACACAGCGAACAUUAUAAUGAUGACCAAGCUGGAAGAGAAAUCACGGGUGAAGUGUGAUCAGUACUGGCCAACGCGGGGCACAGAGACCUACGGCCUCAUCCAGGUCACUCUGCUGGACACAGUGGAGCUGGCCACCUACUCUGUCAGGACCUUCGCUCUCUACAAGAGCGGCUUCAAUGAGAAACGUGAGGUUCGUCACUUCCAGUUUACCGCCUGGCCAGACCACGGGGUACCUGAACAUCCCACCCCCUUCCUGGCCUUCCUACGCAGGGUCAAGGCCUGCAACCCACCAGAUGCGGGUCCCAUGGUCGUCCACUGCAGUGCUGGAGUGGGUCGCACAGGUUGCUUCAUAGUAAUCGACGGCAUGGCCGAGAGGAUCAAGCAUGAGAAGACCCUCGACAUCUACGGCCAUGUCACGCUGAUGCGCUCCCAGAGGAACUACAUGGUCCAGACGGAGGAUCAGUACAUCUUCAUUCAUGACGCAUUGCUGGAGGCCGUGACCUGCGGGAACACGGAGGUCCCGGCCAGGAACCUGUACUCCUACAUCCAGAGGCUGACGCAGAUCGAACCAGGAGAGAAUGUCACCGGCAUGGAGGUGGAGUUCAAGCGUCUGGCCAGUGCCAAGGCCCACACAUCUCGGUUUGUGAGUGCCAACCUGCCAUGCAACAAGUUCAAGAACCGGCUGGUGAACAUCAUGCCCUACGAGACCACACGUGUGUGUCUGCAGCCAAUCAGAGGAGUGGAGGGAUCUGACUACAUCAACGCCAGCUUCAUCGACGGAUACAGGCAGCAGAAGGCCUACAUAGCAACCCAAGGCCCGCUGGCUGAGACCACAGAGGACUACUGGAGGAUGCUGUGGGAACACAACUCCACCAUCGUUGUCAUGCUAACCAAACUGAGAGAAAUGGGACGGGAGAAAUGUCACCAGUACUGGCCCGCAGAGCGCUCCGCCAGGUACCAGUACUUUGUGGUGGAUCCCAUGGCUGAGUACAACAUGCCCCAGUACAUCCUCCGAGAGUUCAAAGUCACUGACGCCAGGGACGGCCAAUCGCGGACAGUUCGUCAGUUCCAGUUUACUGAUUGGCCAGAGCAAGGAGUGCCAAAGUCAGGGGAGGGAUUCAUUGAUUUCAUUGGCCAGGUGCACAAAACUAAAGAACAGUUUGGUCAGGAUGGGCCAAUUACUGUGCACUGCAGUGCUGGAGUAGGGAGGACCGGUGUUUUCAUCACCCUCAGCAUCGUGCUGGAGAGGAUGAGGUACGAGGGGGUGGUGGACAUUUUCCAGACCGUCAAGAUGCUGCGCACCCAGAGACCAGCCACCGUUCAGACAGAGGACCAGUACCAGUUCUGCUACCGGGCCAGUCUGGAGUACCUGGGAAGCUUUGAUCACUAUGCAACAUAAACCCGAGUGGUCAUCUCUCACAUGCCACAUCCCACCCAGUGCACUUUUCUUAGGUCACAUGCGGCCUGAUUUAAUGCACUAGGCUGCGAUGUGUCUAUGAAGAUUUUUGCCACCACAUGCAGAGUGAAGGGGGACCAUCGGCUUAUCCCGUACCCAGAAACAGCACCUCUUACUGAGCCAUAGCAACCUGCUUGACAAGGGUGUUUCCUUGCACCCUCAGCCCAAACACACCCAUUGGUCAGUCCGAAGAAGCAACUUCAACCACUGUUCCAAUCAGAAUACUUGAUCAAAUAUUUUUUUCUAUUUGUUUCAGUGCUUUUGUGAGCACCCAGAUUGCUUUACAUUGUUUGGGUGUGGAACUCUCACCUCGUCCACCACCAGUGUAGCAUCACCAACCUAAAUAUAGGAACCGGCUACAGUAUUUAGCUGUCACAGGAAAUUUAGAUUUUUCUAUUUUGAGGACUGUCUAGAGGGAGUCUACAAAUCCAUGUUAUGGAAGCCUUGUGGACUGAAUGAACUGGGACUUUUGAGCACCAGAGAAUUGUCAACAGGAGACUGAAAACACAGAGCACACAGAAUUAAAAAGACAAAGAACACACAUCCCAAAAAGAGGCACCAAGAAGUGUUUUUUUCUGUUUUGUUUUGGAAACAGACUCUUGUUUCUUUUGAAGGAAAAAGAAGAUAUUUCUACCAUACAGUAAUAAAAACCACCAGUUCAACCUUAUGCUUCACGGUUAAAGAUAAGGGAAACUUGAAAGCGGUUUCAAAUGCAUACCACAAAGUAAAAAGUUGAUUUAGUUUUUUAGAAAAAUAUAUAGAUAUGUGACUAUGUUGGGUUGUUUUUUUACUUUAUGGCACGUUUUUGUUUUGUUUUUACAGAUUUCUGAAUUUGUCCCCACUGACCAUACGAAAAGCAAAGUUGUAUUUCUUUAUCUGUGUAAUCCAAUGAGCUGUAGCUUUUUUUAAGUAAUACAGUACUGUUUUAAAGUGUACAAUCAAAACUAGUGUGGAAAAUGUUCACAAUUCUAUGGAAACACCACCAUUGAGUGUCACUCCUGUAUUCUCUAUCCACUCUGUUUCUGACCACACACGCGUUUCGCAUGCACACGGGACUCUCAACCUCAUUUCUAUCUGGCCUGUGGUGUCAGAGAAGAAUUCCCAGGGGCCGACAGAGGUGCAACAUGCUGAUGCCAGGACGUCCCGAGAAUAAACUCGCCAAGUUGUUCUGUGUGCACGUUCAGAGGAAGCCAGAUAGAACUACAGAGAGUAUGCACAGAAAGAAUAGUAUUAAAAAAUAUUUAUGUGUCCAAAUAAGCUUCACAAAGAUUUCUCAAGCAGGGAGCACGAAAGGGAUGUAGAAUAAUGGGGGCGGGGUCUAGGGGGGGGGGGGCUCAGGGAAGGAACAAUUUUCUCACUGGAAUGCUCACUUAUGAUUUUUCUCUCUGUCUGAUUCAGUGUGCAAUAAGUAGAUGUAAUAUAUUUUUGUGUCAAGUCACUAACUGCAGUUAUAUGCCAUUAUGAUGACGAUGAUAUUGAUGAUGAUGGUGCAUCAUUUUCGAGACACAAAGAUGUUACGCUUGAUAUUAUUCUCGCCACCGUUUAAAUGUGUCCAAACAGAGGGUCCACCACUGACCUCUUAGGAAGUAGAUCUUUUAUUAUGUCACAACUCCAGUAGAUGAUGUCAUCCUUCUGUGUGUCACGGCAACCAACGAAUGAUCGAACUCAUACUUCAAACAGCAUCUAAUAAGUAUUUUGAUUUUAGAUUUAUAGUGCCUUAUAUUACACGCCUAUUUUGAUAAAGUUACUUUAAAGGGUUUGUUUGUGUACUUUAUGUAUGUAUGCUCGUGCGUAUGUGACCUGAAUGUCGGUGUAUAUUAUUUUGUUAUGUUACGGUGUGUCAAAGUGUGAUCUGUUGUUGGCUGUGAAAUGUUGUAUGGAAGGCUCUGUGUGGGCUGGAUAGUUGUACUCAUCAAUUUCAACCCAGCAACAAUAAUAUCAUAUCUCUUCAAAUCUUAAAGAAUAUCUUACAUGAGACUUAACUAAAGACACUAAAAAUGUGGUUUCAAAAUAGGUUAUGAGCAGGAUGAUCAUUUUGGACAGAAGAAAAGUUUGUAUUUCAACAGCUUUCCGUCUUUUCUUUCCUGGGACACUUGCAGAAACGUUGUGUGUGUUUUCCUUUCAUCCGACUUCAGUUUGGCUGCUAUGAAAUGUUGGCCAUACUGGCGACUUUGGCACCGACUGUGAGCUGGCUGAGAGAAGUCAUACUUCCUCAGCUAUUUAGAAAUCUAUAACAAGCUGAAAGGCAGUGGCAAUCUUUGUCAGUUUGGAGAAAAGGUUCAAUAACAAAGAUUUCACCCUAUCCCACCCGAAGCCCUAAACUUACAAUAAGUCAAACUGCGCAGCUUUUUUCCUCAUUCUGAUGUCUACAGUUAUUUGUUUCCUUUAAUGACAAAGGCUGAAAGAAGAUCAGGUGCUACAUCUCCAACAACACAAAACCCACAUCAUCUUCUUUUUUUGUAUGCUCUUUAACGCUUCACCAUAUAGGCUAAGAGAUCGUUGACAGUUGUUCACCCUCUUAAAGUAACCCUGUUGUCGUUUUGUAUGCAUGGUACCACUUUUGAGAUGCCCCUUUGGUCACACCUGUUAUGGGAAGACUUGCACUUUCUCUCUUUGUACUAUGCACUAAUACUAGUAUCCUAUUAUCUCUGAAAGCCCCUCCCCCUCCCAAAGGAGUUUUACUUGAACUCAGUAAAGAUGGACCCUGUAAUGCUCACAUGGUUGUGUAUAUGUAAAUAACACAAAUCACAGAGAGAAAUUGAAUAUUGCAUAAAUUAAUUAAUAAAUAGAUAAUGAAUAAGGUGAAGAGUGAAUAAGAAUGUAUCAGAUAGUGAUAUAUUAAAAGGAUGCACCUGAAAUCACAGUUUAUGGCACAGCAGUAUGUGUGAUACAUCACAUUGUGGAUUUGUUGUAACACAAAAGAGAAGUUUCACAAAGAAGUGUUCUAUUUUAUCCCCUCCCCCAAAUGUAUCAUGUAGAUGGAUAAAACUGGAGUUUAUAAAUUGUAUAAAAACGAAAAUAUGGUGUGUUACUUGGACCAAUUACCUCUAAUUGGUCUGUAAAUGUAAAGUUAUUUUUUUGUUUUGUUUUCUGCUCCGAGUCAACAAGUGCUUUUUAUUUUCUUACAUUGGUUCUCGGAGCGCGUGAAAACCGAAAAACAGUUCUGUUUGGAUUUCUGUUCUCUGUCGACACAAGUUUCAUUUGUUACAAAUAAACUCAAGUGAAAUAAC